CAGGAAAAACAUCCACCUAGUCUUGAUUCUCAGUCCUCUGUUUUUAUUGCCUCAAUCAAACACCCUUCUCAAAAGUCAACGUCUCUCUCUCUCUAAACUUCACCCCCCACCCUUUCUUUCUUUCUUGGACUCGCACUUGAGUGUUCAUUUUCGUUCCGGUAAUUAAAUGAAGUCUUGAACGGAAGUACGAAAACACCUUUGCUUAAUGCUCUCUCUUCUUCCCAUCUCUACCCCUUCUUUUCUAUUUUUCCUUAAUCAUUUUUCCGUAGACAGAAGAUAAAAGAUUCAUGGGCAACGGAGCUGGGAAGCUGACCGUGUGCUUCACCGGAGCGGGACCCACGUCCGAUGAGGCACGGCGACGGAGGAAGGACCUGGCCGCUGGUUUGGUCAUGUCCGACCCCUUAGACGAUCUGGGUCACUCCUUCUGCUACAUACGACCCGAAUUGACUCGCCUCUCGUCCUCCAAGGUCCACUCCGAGUUCGAUGAUCCCCCCACGACGACGUUUAAGUCGAUUUCCGGCGCCGCCGUCAGCGCCAACACCUCCACGCCACUCUCCACCUCUUUAUUAGACCUCUACUCCUACAACAGCAUCGACCGGGCCUCCGCCUUCGAGGGCUCUACCUCCUUUGCUUCUAUCCCGCUUCAGCCCAUUCCUAGAAACUCAUCUAUACACUCCGGUCCGUUGUUUAACUCGGGCCUGAUUCCGAGUUCGGGCCCAAUCGAGAGGGGAUUCAUGUCCGGCCCGAUUGAGAGGGCGUUCAUGUCGGGCCCCCUUGAUCGCGGGAUCUUCUCGGGUCCUCUUGAAAAGGGUUGCUCUGAUCAGUUCCCGAGAAGCUAUUCCCAUGGCGGAUUCGCCUUUCGGCGUAGAUCGAGGAAAGGAUCGUUGCUUCGGGCCCUUAGGCGGGCCUUUUCCAAGGGAAUUAACCGGGGCCAGAACUCCAUUGUUGCGCCGAUCAAAGGUGUUGUUGCGAUGAAAGAAAGCGAUUGGACGGCGGGUUCCGAGAAGCAGAAUGAAUUGACAAUCAAUAGUAGUGUGAAUUUCAGCAGCGAGUGUAGCUUAGAUGACGAUGAUUCACUGGAAAGCCAGAAUCUGCAGUGGGCUCAGGGUAAAGCUGGAGAGGAUCGAGUUCAUGUGGUGGUCUCUGAGGAGCAUGGAUGGGUUUUUGUGGGGAUAUAUGAUGGAUUCAAUGGCCCUGAUGCACCGGACUAUUUGUUGUCCAAUUUGUAUCCUGCUGUUCAUAAAGAGCUCAAAGGUUUACUCUGGGAUGAUAAUAGUGGUAAGUCCGACAGUUCAUUGAUCUCAAGUUCCUGUUCUGUGAGUGAUGAUCCAAGCUUGGAGAAAGAUGAUUCAAAUUCGAGUCAAGAUUUCAACGAGGAGAGUUUGCGGGAUAGGACUAAGGAUGGUUGUUCAAGAUGUGUAGAGCAAGAGAGUUAUCCUUGUUUAAAUGGUGAUGUAAAUGGAGACUUGUGGUAUAAGAAAAAGAGGGGGAGGAAUCUGAGGAAUAAGUACCGGGGAGUAGCAAAAAAAUGGGAGGAGAGUCAGCGGAGGUGGAGGUGUGAAUGGGAUAGGCAAAGACUGGAGCUUGAUCGGAGGUUAAAAGAGCAGUUAAACAAGAGCAGGAUGAAUUCAACAGGGGCAACAAAUCAUGCCGAUGUGCUAAAAGCUCUUUCCCAAGCACUGAAGAAAACUGAGGAGGCCUAUUUGGAUCUUGCAGAUAAGAUGGUCAUGGAGAAUCCUGAAUUGGCUUUGAUGGGCUCUUGUGUUCUUGUGAUGUUGAUGAAGGGAGAUGAUGUGUACGUGAUGAAUGUGGGCGACAGUCGAGCGGUCUUGGCUCGAAUGAAAGAGCCUGAUAUCUGGAGCCAGGACUUGGAGAGAAUCAAUGAAGAAACAUUGAAUGAUCUCAACGAGGAUUUUGAUGAUGAUCGAACAAAUGAUCUACCUAGCUUAACUGCUUUGCAGCUCACCAUGGAACACAGCACCUCCGUAGAAGAGGAAGUCACAAGAAUUAAAAAUGAACACCCUGACGAUGCUUCAGCUGUGAUCAAUGACCGGGUGAAAGGUUCACUAAAGGUCACUCGAGCUUUUGGUGCCGGUUUUCUCAAACAGCCUAAGUGGAACAAUGCUCUUCUUGAGAUGUUUAGAAUUGACUAUGUUGGAACUUCCCCGUAUAUAAACUGCCUGCCGUCGCUUUACCAUCACAGAUUAGGGCCAAGAGACAGGUUUCUCAUAUUGUCAUCAGAUGGACUUUACCAGUACUUCACAAAUGAAGAGGCUAUUUCUGAAGUCGAACUCUUCAUCUCUUGGUCCCCGGAAGGAGAUCCAGCACAGCAUCUCGUCGAAGAAUUGCUAUUCCGUGCAGCAAAAAGAGCUGGCAUGGAUUUCCACGAACUACUCGAAAUACCACAAGGGGAUCGACGCCGCUACCAUGACGACGUUUCAAUAAUUGUUAUUUCUUUGGAGGGAAGAAUAUGGAGAUCAUGUGCAUAGGUAGGAAAACAUGUUAGUAGAAUAAUACACUACUAGUGUAUUAUUCUGAAAAAUCAUCCAGGCACCCAAUUUUGUUCUCUUCCCAUCCCUACUCACCUUUCUCUAUACCAACAACAACAACUAAGCUCUGGAAUUUAAAAGAAACUUAGUUGUUUUUCUUUUCUUUUUUGGCUAUGGCGGCGUAGGGGUUUGGUAAAGGUGAAAAACUGCUGCUGGGGCAUAAACUGUCAUACAUAAUUGUAAUUUUCCAAAUAAGUGACAUCUUUGAAGGGAAAUUUUUCUUCUUAACUUCCUUACCCGCGCGUUGUGUUUCUGCAAAGACGAACCUUAGCUAUAUUCGAUUCUAUUUUGACGUUGUUUCUC